UAGACUUAGCUGCAACUCAGAAUUUCUCCUCCAACACCUGAGUAAUGCUGAUGGUCUUGUGGAGAUGGAUUAAGAGUACGAGCUAAGUUCUCAAUCUCAAUUAAGAAGCGGAGGAAAAUUUAAACUGUGUCCUUCCAACUUUAUCACAACCAGCACCAUCAAGACAGCAAACCAAAGGACAAAGACUCUGACCUGCGUGUCGCUCUGUGUAGGCCCGCUCACGUGUGGUUUGCAGACUGAGGUUACUAGGAGUAAACAAAAGGCGAACUCUUCUGUCCCUGGACGCUUUUGUUCAAAAAAUUACCAAAAUGAGGGCUGUGCUGGAGACAGCAGACAUUGCCAUAGUGGCCCUGUAUUUCGUCCUGGUCAUGUGCAUUGGGUUUUUUGCCAUGUGGAAGUCUAACAGAAGCACCGUGAGCGGCUACUUCCUGGCGGGGCGCUCUAUGACCUGGGUAGCGGUCGGUGCUUCUCUUUUUGUAAGCAAUAUUGGGAGUGAGCACUUCAUUGGGCUGGCAGGAUCUGGAGCGGCGAGUGGAUUUGCAGUGGGCGCCUGGGAGUUCAAUGCCCUGCUGCUUUUGCAACUUCUGGGCUGGGUCUUCAUCCCAAUUUACAUCCGGUCAGGGGUGUACACCAUGCCUGAGUACUUGUCCAAGCGGUUUGGCGGCCAUAGGAUUCAGGUCUAUUUUGCGGCCUUGUCUCUGAUUCUCUAUAUCUUCACCAAGCUCUCCGUGGAUCUGUAUUCAGGUGCCCUCUUCAUCCAGGAGUCUUUGGGUUGGAACCUGUAUGUGUCUGUCAUCCUGCUCAUUGGCAUGACCGCCUUGCUGACCGUCACCGGCGGCCUCGUGGCAGUGAUCUAUACAGACACCCUGCAGGCCCUGCUCAUGAUCGUGGGUGCGCUCACCCUGAUGGUUAUCAGCAUGAUGGAGAUUGGUGGGUUUGAGGAAGUGAAGAGAAGGUACAUGUUGGCCUCACCCAAUGUCACAUCCAUCUUGUUGACAUACAACCUUUCCAACACAAAUUCUUGUAACGUCCACCCUAAGAAAGACGCACUGAAGAUGUUGCGGAAUCCGACAGACGAAGAUGUGCCCUGGCCAGGAUUCGUCCUAGGGCAGACGCCGGCCUCGGUGUGGUACUGGUGUGCUGACCAGGUGAUCGUGCAGCGGGUUCUUGCGGCUAAGAACAUUGCCCACGCCAAGGGUUCCACACUGAUGGCAGGCUUCCUGAAGCUCCUGCCCAUGUUCAUCAUUGUGGUCCCAGGGAUGAUCUCCAGGAUACUAUUUGCCGACGACAUAGCAUGCAUCAACCCCGAGCACUGCAUGAAGGUCUGCGGCAGCAAAGCUGGCUGCUCCAACAUCGCCUACCCCCGCCUGGUGUUGAAGCUGGUCCCCGUGGGCCUGCGGGGCCUGAUGAUGGCAGUGAUGAUUGCGGCGCUCAUGAGUGACCUGGACUCCAUCUUCAACAGCGCCAGCACCAUAUUCACUCUGGAUGUGUACAAACUCGUCCGCAAGAGCGCGAGCUCCCGGGAGCUGAUGAUCGUAGGGAGGAUAUUUGUGGCUUUCAUGGUGGUCAUCAGCAUCGCUUGGGUGCCGAUCAUCGUGGAGAUGCAAGAGGGCCAGAUGUACCUGUACAUCCAGGAGGUGGCGGAUUACCUGACGCCUCCCGUGGCGGCCCUAUUCCUCCUGGCGAUUUUCUGGAAGCGCUGCAACGAACAGGGAGCUUUCUAUGGUGGGAUGGCCGGCUUUGUCCUUGGGGCGGUCCGCUUGACCCUGGCCUUUGCCUACCGUGCCCCAGAGUGCGACCAGCCCGACAACAGGCCAGGCUUCAUCAAAGACGUCCACUACAUGUAUGUGGCCACGGCGCUGUUCUGGAUCACGGGGCUCAUCACUGUUGUCGUGAGCCUGCUCACGCCGCCCCCGACAAAGGAGCAGAUCCGCACCACCACCUUCUGGUCUAAGAAGAGCCUGGUGGUGAAAGAGAGCUGCUCCCCGAAAGAUGAGCCGUACAAGAUGCAGGAGAAGAGCAUCUUGAGGGCCAGCGACAACAGUGAGGCCGGCAACCACAUCAUCCCCAACGGGAAGUCUGAGGACAGCCUCAAGGGCCUGCAGCCCGAAGACGUUAACCUGCUGGUGACCUGCAGAGAGGAGGGCACCCCCCGGGCCUCUGUGGGUCACUCGGAGGCGGAGACACCCGUUGAUGCUUAUUCCAACGGCCAGGCGGCGCUCAUGGGCGAGAGAGAGCGAAAGAAAGAAGCGGAGGACGGAAGCCGGUACUGGAAGUUCAUAGACUGGUUCUGUGGCUUUAAAAGCAAGAGUCUCAGCAAGCGGAGCCUCAGAGACCUGGUGGAGGAGGAGGCCGUGUGCUUACAAAUGUUGGAAGAGCCGCCCCGGGUGAAGCUAAUACUAAAUAUUGGGCUUUUUGCUGUGUGUUCACUUGGAAUUUUCAUGUUUGUUUAUUUUUCCUUAUGAACCUUUAAGGAUACAGUGAAACACUAACUUAAGAAUAUAACUGGUUUCGGGGGGAAAACCUUAUGUAACUGUUGCAUCUCUCAGGCAUUGUUUACGCUGUAGGUUUUAGCCAAAUUUUACUUAGCAGAAAACCAUCUUUUUGCAAGACUUUAUUUUCCCAGAGAUGGAUGAAAGUAAAUUUUCAACCUAAAUGAAGCAGACCUUGUUUAACAGACUUGAGUUGUGCAAAUGUGGUUUAAAAUUUGCCAUACCAAAGUCAGGAGAGACCAGUUGUUCCCACAGGCCCCUCAGAGCAGAGCGGCCCCACCCCUAAGUGGGCCUGUCUGCCUGGCCCGACCUCCUGGGCCUGCUGAGGCAGAGGACUCGCUCGCCGGCCGCCUGUGGCUGCUCUCUGUCCCUGCGCUCCCACCGCCGUUAGCAGGAGAACAGCCACAGGAAGCCGAAUUGCCUGGUCCGUGUCGCGUGCUCUCGUUGGACUGAAAACCCACGUGCUUGUGGACAGGUCAGCCGGUGCCAGGCUCCUCAGCGAGAGACUCCCACAACGUCCGUCCCAAGGCUGCGCGGUGCAGGGAGUGGGGGCGCGGGGGCCUGUUUGAGAUAUGAGGGGGCCCUGUUCUGU